UUCCCACGGAAUAAAAAACCGGAGCGAUUCAGUUUUACGGAGACUGCUGUGGGGAUCGGCUAUUGUGCUCAGGCAGAGAUUUGUUUCGGGUUUAGUGAGUGUCGGUGACUUCUGAUGGAGUAAUGGGGGUCUCGGGGGGUUGACACUGAGGUUUUCACGAGGGGCUGAUUUAUGAGGUGAUAAUUGCGGUUUUGAUGCGAACGACGGGAAGACAAACAGGAAAUGGAGGGAAAUAGACCCGAAAGUAAUGUUGGACCUAAUGAGCCAGGCGAGAGCAAGAAGGUUGGAGAUAAAUUGGGACUCACUACUACCGAAGCCUUAGAGAUUCUACACAGGGAUGUAGCGAGGAUUCUGGAGGACUAUGAGGCGAAUUGCAAAAGGAAUAAAAAAUACAGAGGAUGGCUGAAGGAUACAUUGCAUCAUAGGAGUCAAUAUACAACUCUCUGUUGGACAUCGGCAAUUGCCCUGAUUAUCAACGCCAUCAGUCUAAUUGUUUCCUCAUGUUUCAGUGUGAAUGAAGCAAGAUAUUCUUCACUUCCAUAUGAAGGACUGAUAGUCUGCUGCCUCGUAGUAUUAAAUUUCACAUUAGUUUUAUCUGACAACAUUCUGAGGCACAAAGAAAUACCACACCGUGUGAGGAUACUGUUGAAAAAAUUGGAAGCUGCUCGGGAGAUGUGCAAAUGGAAUACGGAUAAUUAUCCGCAUCUGUGCAGUCCUCUCUCUCCAUGCGUAACACUCCAGUGGACGUAUAGAGACGGUUCGAUUGUCAAUUUACCCUGGGCUUUGUUGGUCAGUGGUGACAUAAUUGUCAUUAGACCCGGCCAACAAGUCCCUGGGUAUUGUGUGCCAUAUGACGAUCCAGAGGCCCCAACUCUCCACGCCAAAGAGGUAUACAGUCCCCCAGUCCACGGUGCCCACGAGAUAUUCUCCUCCCCUCAGCCACGAACUCCCCUGAAGAACAAAAUCUACAAACUCCAGGAGACCCCGUACCUGACGAAUCUCCAGAUGGCCCUCGAUCAAGCCCUGGACCGAUCAGUGACCUACCACAAUCGGGAGCGUCACCUCGUCAUGAUCUGCUGCAUCGAGCAACUGGCCUACCCCAUUCUCCUCAUCAUCGUGCAACUAGUGAAUUUACUCCGUUACCUCUACUUCCACGAGCAUUUUGGAAGUGGUCAUUGGACUGAACUAUUUAUGCUUCAACCCAUCGCAGUGACACUUCCCCUCUUGCCCAUUAUUUUUCCCACUCUGUGGAUUGUACUCAAUUGCUUCGGAAUGGCAAGGUUCAAGGCACUCUUUGAGCUGUAUCAGUCAUCGAAAAAAGUACCAUUUGUUGAUCCAUUUGAGGAUGCAGAUAUUUCUGGACCUAAUAGUCCGGAAGUUGUUUAUAAUUGGAGUGAGCUCAGAGAAAAUUUCUUUGGGAUACUCUUUGGGAGGGAGUAUAUGAUGUCAAGGUCUGCCAGUAUUCUUCAUGUUUUGGGAUCUGUUACGGCGCUCUCCUGCGUCGACAAGAAGGGAAUCCUCUCGUGGUCGAAUCCCACAGCUGAGAAAGUAUUUUUUCUUCGUAAUGCCAGUACUUUAUCCAGGGAUUCUAGCAUUUUAAGCUUAGAUAAACAUUCGGACCCACCUAAAACUAGUGAUUCCAGUAAGAAUGAGUCGAAUAAAAUGACUUAUGUCCAUCAUGACAUGUCUCACUCAGUAGCUGAAGUCCUGGACUUGACCCACGACCACGCUCUUCCCUUUCGCCUCCAGUUCGACGAUCAGUCAUGGAGACAGCACUUGAACUCCCUGAAACCACUGGGCCUCGCUAUUCUCCUCAACACGUGCAAUAUGGAGACCCAGGAGCAUUACUCUCAGUUCUGCUGUCACGUAACGUGUGAAGCUCUUUACAACGAGAAUUUGGUUCCUGUGACCAACAGGCGCCACAACAAUGAAGAUAAAGGUAAAUUACCAGAGAAAGAUCCAAUGCAAUUUCCAAGACAGGUGUAUUUAAUCGAGGAGUCAGGGAAACUCGCACAUAUGGGAUGUCUCUGUGAACUUGCCAAGCAAAUUGGAUUUCAGGAUCAAGCACAAGAAAUUUUUCAAUUGGAACAGCAGUUGUCAACAUUUAGACAUGUGCAACCAGAAAUGGUCCGAAGAGACAUAAAAUUUGCCCGUUCUCUGAGCAUAGCAACAAAACUAAAAUUCCCCUUUCCCCACAUGGUAGCAGUUGUAGUCAAAGAAAAAGGAGGUGGUGGGCUUCAAUUAUUGACACAGGGCACAGCUGACGUAAUCCUAGACUCCUGCAUAGAAUUCUGGGAUGGCCACGAUCUCUGUCCCCUGUCUCCAACGGAUCGCAAGAAAGUCCUUGAUUUUUAUCAGAGAACGAGCUUAACUUCCUACUGCACUGCAUUUGCCUACAGACCUUUGAUUCGGGGGGUGAACUCAAAGCUGUCGAAUAUUUAUCUGGAACUACCCUCGGACAGUAAACAUCUUUAUGCACCUCAUCGAAGUCCUACGCCGUUGCCCUGGGAUUUCAGGAAUGUUUUGGAUCCGAGGGUCAAGGGACUCCUGGGACAAUUUCAUUCGACAGAUUCCCUACUAUGCAACGAAACGAAGGAUGAAGAGGUGAGCGAUGUGGAGAGUUGUUUCGAGCUGCAGUGCAAUCAAAUAUUCAUAGGAAUGGUGACAAUGCAGUACCAAGCCCAAGCAGACAUGGUACAACUGAUUGAACAAUUAGAAAGAGCGUGCAUAAGAUUCGUUCACUUCAGCAAGGAAAAUGAAUUGCGUUCACGUGUAUUCUCUGAGAAGAUGGGUCUUGAGAGCGGAUGGAACUGUCACAUUUCGUUGCUCAGCGAGAGGGCUAGGUCAGAGAGUCCUGUGGAUUGGUGGGUGAGCCAGGCAGCCGCCAUGUCCUCACCUACGCCGUCGACUCAAUCACACCAGCAUAAUCAUUCCUGCAUGGACGAGGCCAGCCAAUUGCUUAAUCGCGUUAAUCCGCGCUCGAAUCUGGAUACGAGUAGGGCGAUGAGCAUGUCAGCACCCAGUGCGAUAAACACGGAUUUUUCAACUGUGAAGUUCGAUGAUGAUGCGACUGAGUGGCAUAAUCCAGAACCCUCACAAGCGAAAAGUGCGAUGAGUCAUAGCUUAAAUCAUUCGGCAGAUAAUGGAAAUGCUGGAUCACCACUACUCCAGGAACAUGACACGGUAAGGAGUGAGGACAGUGUUCUAGUCCAAAGUGUGGAUCUUGGCUCUGGACAGGAAGCAUGGAGGUCACUAAGCUGUUUGACAGACAGCACAGAACAAAGUGCUCCAGUUAAUUUCGAUCUAUCAAAUAGGGCAAAAUUACCUCGGGGAAUCGACAAAAUUCGUCCUCACCUAGAAUUAAUAGAUAAUGUACCUCUCCUAGUAUCUCUAUUUACCGACUGCAAUACUGCAGUCACCAGGGAGAUGCUUCACAUAAUGCAGGAUUAUGGAGAAGUUGUUUGUGUACUAGGAUCAUCAGCCAAUGCCGAAAAUAUGUCUAUAUUUAUGCAAGCAGAUGCAGGAGUUGGAGUGGAACCUCUUUACCCCCAGGUCUGUCAAAAAAUACCUGUGAUGGCAAACACCAAGGAGGAGCAGGGCCCCUCACCAAUCGAGCUGAGUCGGGCGCUGAAUUGCAUUGCCUGCUCUCUGAGUGUUAAAAGAGAAGAUCCUAUAGCUAUUUUUCAUCUCGUUAUGGAGGCCCGGGAUUAUAUGAAGUGCCUAUGGAACUGUGUUCAAUUCUGGCUGUGUUGUGUUGUCACACUAUCGUUAGUUCAAGCAUUAUCCGGUUUUUUUAUGCUACCACCAUUGCUCUCUGUUGGCCAAACACUUUGGCUCAUUUGUUUAAUUAUUCCCUUGCUGUCAGUCUCGAUGAUAGCAACACCCACCGAUCCCACGAUAAUGCAACGAGCGACUGGGAAGAAUCAGUGUGCUGUCACUGGAGAGGUUGCCUUGUUCGUUCUCUGGUGUUACGGCUGUAAAUUUCUGCCGACAAUUGUAACCGUUAUCGUAUGCCAAUUACUCAUGUACAUGAUCCUCUGCACGUAUUACGUGAGAGGAGAAUCUCAGUGCUUCUACAUUUAUCCUGACACCUCUGGUGAGGUUUACUGGGGUGGAUGGAAUGAUAAGCCAAAUAUUAUUAUGUUGGUGCAGCAUGUUGCUCUAACACUGCUUGUUCUACAUUUUGUGAUGAUAUCUGUGAGCUUUGUACAUAGAGAGUAUUCAAUUUGGAGGAGAUGGCCUUUCAAUAAUUGGCCUUGGUGUUUAAAUGCAUUUAUUGUUCUUGCGUUGCAGGCAAUAUUUUCUGGUAAUUUAUUGUACAGUAUAUUGAAGGAGGAACAACAGAAAGUUGAAAAUUUCCCCAUUCACUUGCCAUUAUUUUUCUUCAUCUCCCUUCCCCUCGUUUGUUCCAUCAAUGAACUAGUCAAGUGGCAAGAGAUCAAAGCCAACGUGAGGUAUCAAAAAAGAGCUCGAUUAGAAUUUGGAACGAAACUGGGUAUGAAUUCGCCAUUCUAAACGAAUUCACUGUUAUUCAAUUGUAAAUUGAUAUUCUAACGCACACAAAUGGAGCCAAAUAAUUUCAACGUCAAAUUAAUAAUUUAAUUUCUGAUUAAUUGACAGAGGGGUCCAAAAACUAACGUUACACGAACGAAAAAAAAUCAUAGAAAAACGUAGUAAAUUCGAUAAAGCAUUCUGCUGAAUUUCUACUGAAAAUGCCACUGGUUUUUGGCCGAGUUAAUUGAAAAAAUUUCGAUAGAAACUAUUCUGCAGAAACAAUUGGUAGAAUACCAAUUCAUUUUUCGAUGCAGAUUUUUUUGCUGAGAAAUUUUUUGUAGGAAUUCCUCCUCUAUUUGAAGUUUUAAAAAAUUUUCCAAUCUAUUUUUCUC